AGAGCGUUCGAGUGAUUCAAUUUAAGAAGAGAUUUACAGCAGCCCUAGGUCUUGUGUUUGAGUAACAUCUCAGGUGCUCUUCCUUAUCAAUGUUACUGAGAACGUGAUUCUAUAUUGUUUGUAUCUCCUGAAAGUCACGUUUGAGACUUAUUUUUUUAAUGUUGGAAAUUCACGCACGUUUAUUUUUAAUUGCAACAUUUUUAUUCGUAAUCGAAAGAAAUGGGUCAACAAUAUAAAUACAGUAAUUAUUUUGCGCGCUUUUCUGUGAAUCACGCGCUCGAGAACUAACAUAUCGCUAGUAACGCAUUUGUUACUCGCCUGUAGUAGUUAGCUGGUAGUUUCUUUAAUGGGUAAUAUUGAAUCAUAAGUUAUGCUUAGUCAGAUGAAACCGUGCUUUUUAUUUAGUUCAAAGACUCUUACAAUUAUUUAUACCGACUUACAAAGUGCACCUUAUAUGCAGUAUAAUCUUUAAUAAUAGUGUGCCCUCGACUUGACUGUAGCUCUUAGCUCUGCAGAAACAGUAUUAUUAUACAAUUGAAAGAGCUAAAAAUGUAAGUUGAUAAUAAUAUUAUCAACUUACAUUAAAGUAUAUACUUUGCAGAAAUAGUUUUUGGUACAUGUAGUUAUUUAAUAUUUUAUUGAACAAUUUUAACUGGCAGUUUCUGGGAUCUUAGUAAUAACUGCGAAAUAAUAAUAUGAAAUAAGUAUGUACUAUGUAGGUAAUUUAUAUAAAAUGCAAAUGCAACGCAAUAAUUAUUGUCUUUAGGCAUGUGUUGAGCUACGCCGAAAACGUUCCUUGAAUAAAAAAUUGUGCAAUACCACAAUUUUGAGUCGCCGACUUUUGACAAGUCACGUCCAUUUUCAUCACUUUAAGUACUGGUAACCUCCUGCCUUAUAUAAAUAUACAUACAAAUGCUUUUUGUACUAUUUAAUCGAAAUACAAACGUUAUCCUCUGUGAAACCUGGUUUGACCGAUCGGAGGAUGCCCACAAAAAUUCUUGUGCUCUGCUCGCUGUUGCUUUUGCAGUGCACUUUGGGCCAAUGCACCGAUUCAAGAAUAGAGGGAUUUACUUCCUUUCCAACCAUCCCGUCUGAAUUGUUGGCUCUCAAGAAUUAUGGGGCCGUCGACUUCCUCUCAUCUCCAAGGAUAGAAUCUAUGAAGCCUUACAUACCCUCCAUAUUUCCUGCUUCUUCAGUACCAGAAGUAGCAUGUGAAAACCGACUUAUCAAUUCAAAUCCAUAUGCCAUUGGAGUCACUAACUUUAAAGUGCCAGGCAAUUGUAUUGCUCCACCCGUAAAUUAUGAAAUGGCUCGUAUUAUCGACCAAGUAAUACCGCAACCCCCUUUAAUAUUAGAAACUCCAAUUACUCUUCUAAAUACGCCUUUGGAACAAUUCAGCAUAAAUUACCCAAUUGAGACAUCAUACGAACUGAGCCCGUACACGUUUUCUAUUCAAAACAGCUUAAAUCCAGUAGUCUCUAAUUUAUAUGUUGAAGAAGCACCUAUUUUAAUAACUAGUUUUCCGUCAAUACAAGCUCCAGCUAUUUCUAACAUCGUUGAACUGAAUCCAGUUGUAAGUCCAAUCUCGAAUACUCUAGGCAUUUCACCUCCAGUAUUAAAUGCUGUAUUAGAAGUUCCAUCUAGCCUUUUCACAGCACCGGUCAUUGAAUUGCCUGCUAUUCUGCAAGUUGUGCCUCCUAGCUUAGGACCUGUUAUUGAUGUUUUAAGUCCUAUGCUAUGCGAUGUACCAGUAGCCAUUGAGCCACCAGUGUUUCUAAAUUCUUUCACAGUUCCCACACCAGUAGCUUCUGUUGAGUUACCUGUAGUAGAAAAUAUUCCCACUUAUUCUAGAUUUCAGAUAGCUCCCACUUAUUCUAGACCUCAGAUACCAAUUCUUUCAUCAGAGAGUAUUGCCUCCACCAUUGCUAAUAUUAAAGCAAUAUUUCCUUCUUUACCAAGCUUUACACCAAGUUCGAGAGUUAGGAACUUAGAUGGAAUCAAAAAUAGUGAAUUAAGUGCUUCAAGAGGUAACGGGUUGUUUAUCACAAGCUCUUCCCCUAAGCGACCCUCUGGUAUAUCUAUACGGUCUGAAAAUACUUACCAAGGGCCCGUGUCGGUAUCAGGAGUGCUUCCAUUCUUAGGGACUGUUGGUUUCAGUGGUUCGCUACCAUCAUCCGGCUAUGGUACAGUAAACUAUAUAUGUGGAGCGGGUAAUGUUGGGAUGUUGCCUGAAGCUCCUAACAUAUUGAACAGUUUGUAUCCACGACCAUGAUGUAUUAAUAAUUAAUAGUUAUUGUUUAAUAAAAUAUUAUCAUUAGUAUCUCAAUAUACACAAUAAAAAGCUUUAAUAAAAUAUCCUGUAAAUAUUUUACUUUUGUCAAUUUAUUGUUUCACUUGCUCCAACUAUUUUGAAAAAUAUCAAUUUCAAUGGGCUUUACUGUAAAUGUAAGUUGUGAUCUUAUCAUU